CACAGACGUUAGCGUCAUAUGGUAGAUGGCGGUGGAAAUAAUGGGUGAAAUAACUGCUAAAACAUACAGUGUUUCGGGAAAAACAUUUCAUGAAAAGGGUGCUUCAUCCACACUUUUUAUGAUUGAAAAUAAUUUAUCACACUACCCUCUAUAAGUUUCAAGUGAAAAAACAGUGAAAUCCGAAGCUCUACAAGACGCAACAGUAGCUUACUUAGGUCAUUUGACAUCUUAUUUUUAGAAUAUUGUUAAUAAUUCCAGAUGUUUCGAAAUAGAGGCAACCUUUCCGCAAGACUCAAUGCUAACGGUACAAAUAUAUGACUGGGACUUAGUUGGUUCUGAUGAUAUGGUAGGAGAGACGAAGAUAGAUCUCGAAAAUAGAUUCUAUAGCCGACAUCGAGCGUGUUGCGGGUUGCCCGAGAAAUAUGAAGAGCAAGGUUAUAAUGCUUGGAGAGACGCGAUAAAGCCAACUCAAAUACUGGCGAAACUCUGCAAAGAUGCAAAGAUUGAUCCUCCAAUAUACGCAAACGGUGUAGUGAAAAUCGGCAAACAAUUGUUCUCGGUGCAAAACGAUGAGUUGGAUUUUUACCGAGCGAAAGAAGCUGAAGAACAUAUGGCCUUGGCAGUUUUACAAAGAUGGCAUGAGUUUCCGCGAAUAGGAUGUCAUCUAGUUCCCGAACACGUCGAAUCUCGACCGCUUUAUAACCCGGACAAGCCCGGAGUGGAAAGAGGUAAACUGGAGAUGUGGGUGGAUAUAUUCCCCAUGGACAUGCCGCUUCCUGGGCCUCCUGUAGACAUUUCUCCCAGAAAACCAAAGAACUAUGAGAUGAGGGUGAUCAUUUGGAACACCGACGAUGUCGUCUUGGAAGAUGACGCUUUCUUUACCGGAGAAAAAAUGUCCGAUAUUUACGUCAAAGGAUGGCUGAAAGGACCGGAAGACUGCCAAUGUACAGAUAUCCAUUAUAGAUCGCUAACCGGAGAAGGAAACUUCAACUGGAGGUUUAUUUUUCCGUUCGAUUAUCUAGUAGCAGAGCAAAAAAUCGUUAUAUCGAGAAAAGAAUCUCUUUUCUCUUGGGACGAAACAGAAUGCAAGAUUCCUGCCAGAUUAGAACUACAAGUUUGGGAUGCUGACCACUUCUCCGCAGACGAUUUCCUAGGAGCAAUAACGAUAGACUUGAAUCGAUUUCCACGAGGAGCAAAAUCGUCAAAGCUUUGCACUUUGGACAUGUUGAAGUCGGACGGCUCUGUGCCGAUGGUGAAUAUCUUCAAGCAGAAACGCGUGAAGGGUUGGUGGCCGUUCUUUGUGAAGAAAGACAACGAAGAAAUGGAGCUCACUGGGAAAGUAGAAGCAGAGUUCCACUUAUUGACCAAGGAAGAGGCUGAGAAGGUGCCAGCGGGCUUGGGAAGGAACGAACCGGAUCCACUGGAGAAGCCCAAUCGCCCGGAUUCAUCUUUCAUGUGGUUCAUGAACCCGUUGAAAUCGAUCAGAUACAUCGUAUGGCACAACUAUAAGUGGACGAUCCUCAAACUUCUGAUCAUCCUAGGUUUAGCAAUAAUAAUUUUUCUUUUUGUAUACUCGGUACCUGGAUAUACGGUCAAAAAGAUGAUCGGUGCUUGAAUAUACGUUGUUUUUCACGUUCAAGCCGUAAAGUUAACGACAUACAAUCAUUUUUUGAAAUAUUCUAAAUAAUCCUCACAGUGAUAUUCCAUGUUCUUUAUUAUGUAAGAUCGAUUUUAAUAUUAGAUUAUUUAUUAUCUGUUAAAAGUAAUUUUACUAUAUACGAAGUUCACCUUCGAAACCAACAUAUUUUCGAAUAAUAAUAUUGUAAAGUGUAUUUCAGGCUAUAUAAAUAAAUCAUACAUUCCGUAA